ACACUUUUUCUUUUUAAUUUCUACAGUCGGUAUACAUAUUCCACUUCCCUCGAUAUCUUCCCAAUUUUUCCUCCCAAAAUUCUGAGUUUCUCUCCCGGCUAGACCUAAAUAUUUCCCUCUCCCAAAUCUAGUUCAACUCCAACCCUCACCAAAAUUCAUUUCCCUUUUCUCUCCUCUCCUAUCCUUUCCCUUUUCUCUCCUCUCCUAUCCUUUCCCUUUCUCCCUUCCGCUGUUCAUGCCAUCAUCAUCUGAUCGAAGGGGCUAGCCAGCGUUCUCUUUGUGGGACAGUUCUCUUAUAGUGCAAAUCUGAUGUUCGAGCCAAAAAAUUUUGACUAAUUUUCGGCUUGAUCUAGUGUUAGGGACCUUGGAUCCAUGUUUCAGGCUUGGAUCGGCCCACCGGUGGAGCCGAUUAGUGUGUGCCCAGAGGCUAGAUCUGAUGUUGGAUCGAGUUCAAACAGCAUCGAAACGAUAUUUUGUUUUCUAUCGAUUCGUAAUGUCGACCGCAAUGCAUCUCCAUGAUCAGUGUUCUUAGUUUGUCAAGGAUUUGCAUGCUCUUAUUAGCCCAGUUCCUGGACGAACUCCCCUUUCACUUGUUUUGCUGGGGAAGCACAAGGAACGUGCUUGAGCUGCUUGGGUGGAUAUCCCUUUUCUGUUGGAUGGGUUCUUCAAUUUGCAGCAGCUUGGUUGAGCUUGGGGAACUUGGGAGGCUUUCAGUAGCAAUGGAAAAGUUGGAGAAGGAGCUAAAGAACAAUGAUAAGUGUCAAGUAUGUUUAACAUAGUUACUAUUUUGUGUGCUCACAGUUGGGAUUCUCCUAUUUGAAUUUCCAUAUUAUAUUGUGGUGGAUAAAAAGGGCAGUGAAUGAAUGGUAUUGUUUCAUAGGAAAUUUACUUUAUAAAGGUUUUUGUGUAUUGUAAAAUGGGUUAGAGUACCAUUUGUUCUCAAUAUAUGAAUAAAAUCUGUUAGGUUUU